UGUUAUCCGAUUUUGUCCACUUCAGAAUUUCUCAUCUACAUCGUCGCCGAGGAAAUAUUUAACCGAUCGCGUGAGUCAUAAUUUUAUCACAGUUCAAACCGAAGAACCGUUCAGACGCGAGACUGUUGGGACAUCGAAAACCGGAGCAUCCGCGCGGAGUCGAUUUAAAUGCAGGCUAUUGUACUCGUUGUCCGCGACUCGUCGCGCGCACAUCCCUUUUUUGUCGGAACUGUAGUAUUAAUAAAAUCGUGGGAAUAAGACGUACAGUGGCGAACGUAAUUAUUACCCUCGCUGCGCAUUGUCAGUCAUUUCCUCUCGUACAAACGAAAUUACUGUCCAAGUUGUUCUGACAAUUAAAAAAUUUGCUUUAAAUCGUAUUCGUUUCUUUGAACAUUUGUCGUGGUACACGGGAACCUCGACGUGGCCUAAUCUCUUUAUUCCACUGGUACGGCGAUUACCUUCGGAACACGUUCUCGACCACAUCCUUUCCCUAACUCCACGAUUUCGGACUUCCUCCCCCAAGGGUCUCGCACAUUUUCGGGGGUAUAGAACGCAGCCGUCGCCGCUCGGUGGUAUACACACAGCUCUUCGGGUUCGGGCACAGAUGCACCGGCGGUGGUCGAAGGGUGGGGGCGGCUGCGGUGGUGGAGGCGCUCGCACACAGCUCCGGGGCCCACUUGUUCGUUCGCCGAUCGUCUUGUCACUCGAGAGCGAGUUGCCAUCCCGGCAACAUCGGUACCGCGUCGUCUACCCGUUCGCCGUUCGAACGUCGCGCACACCCUCCACCGACUCGUAAAACCCCGGUCGAUCCUCGUGAAAAAAUAAGUGUCCAUCGAGUGCCAGUCCGCCGGUGCAUUCCUCAAGUGAUACAAGAGAAUGCUUUAGAAAACACGAAAUAGAAGUUACAACAAUCGACGCUUCACUUCGUUCGAGUUUGGAACAACGUCGCAAGGAAAAAUGACUACGGAGACGUUGCAGAGAGAAAUAGACGCUCAGAUCGUGACGCUGCUCACGAGGAUCGCCGCGUUAAAGGAGAACAACGCGGAGUUGGCGGAGAAGAAAGUGCCCAUGUCGAUAGAGGCACGCAGCUUGGAACUGUGGCGAGCAGUCGCCGUCGAAUGUUUCGCCACUUUCCUCUUCAGUUUAAUGGUAUCCGGCGCGGCGGCCUCCUCCGCGGUUUCCGGAAGCGGCCUCUCGGUCCUAGCUACCGCGAUCGCAUCCGGAUUCGCGAUCGCAGCGGUCUGGCUGAUCUUCGGCCACAUUAGUGGUGGCCACGUGAACCCAGCUGUCUCGGUAUCUUUCGCCCUGUGUCGGCGGAUCUCUCUCCUACGAGCGGCUCUCUACAUCGCGGCGCAGUGUGGAGGUGGCAUAGCCGGUGCUGCGAUGCUGUACGGAGUGACUACACCGUCGAACACGCAGACGUUAACUUCGCCAGGGCGCCUCGUUGGAUCAAUUGAGAAGCUCCUAGUAGAAUUAGUGCUCUCCGUUCUGAUAAUCCUGGCUCAUUUCACCACGGAAUCAUUGAAAUCAUUGCCAAUGUUUUCGAGACCAGCCGGGGUGCUGGUCGCGGCGUACACGGCAGCUACUUUAGUCUCGAGUCCUUUCUUGAACCCUGCCCGAGCGUUAGGACCAGCGUUCGUUAGCAACCGCUGGGAGAACCACUGGGUUUACUGGGUGGGCCCCCUGUCCGGAAGCGCAAUCGCAGCUCUUCUCCACGAGUACGUCUUAAAUUCGAAACGGUCCAGGGAUUCGCGCGACAUGGACGACGGCGAUAAUUCAUCGAUGAGAUCCGACGAGGACACCUACGACGAUCUUGACAAACCGACCGGGCCAAAGUUCCCCAGUGCGUACGCGACCUACCGUCCAGUGGCCGGAGCAUCCUCGUCAAUCUACAGCGCGCCACCGACCGCGUUGGAACGCGUAGAGUCCAUCUACGGCGGGACUAAGUCUCUCUAUUGCAAAUCACCGCCACUCACCAGGGCGAAUUUGAAUCGUUCACAGAGCGUAUAUGCGAAAUCGACUACCGGCACCCGAGACGGUCUUAUGAUCCCGAAACCAGGUCCGCUGGUCCCCGCGCAGAGUCUGUAUCCGAUUAGAAUAGGGCAAGCGGGAUCGAACUCGGGCAGAGAUAGCCAGCAACAGAACGGUCCUGCUGGCCCGAAUCCGGCUCAGAAUCACAGUAGUACAAAUCAGAAUAUGCAGAAUCAGUUGCAACAGUGCACGCAAAGUAUUUACGGUAUCAGAGGAAUCUCGACGAGUCUUAGCACGAGGGAGAACGGAAUUUACGGCGUAUCUACGGGUACUAGCAUAUAUGGACGCGCUCCGGCUCCGCCGCCGAGUCAGAACUCGCAACCGUCCGGUCCGAACGUACAGACUUCUACGCAGACUCAUCAUCAGCAACAACAACAGCAGCAACAACAACAGCAACAGCAGCAGCAGCAACAACAGCAACAGCAUCAGAACGGAACGAUAGUGGCUAACACGGAGAACGUUGCGAACUCUCGAAGACCGGAAAGCAUGUACGGGCAUAUUUCCAGACGCAGCGAUGAUUCUGCUUAUGGUAGUUAUCAGGGUUCGACGCGAGGGAACUAUGGAAAGGUGCCUGGACCACCGCCUGGAACAACGGGACCACCGAACGGUCCACCUGGUCCUCCUCAGUACCGCGAUCAGGGAAGACCCAGCCCAGCUGGGCCGUUGCAACAGAACCAACAGAACAGCUUUCAGAGGAAUUCACCGAAUCCUCAAUACUGACUUUAAAUGGCUACUAGGUAGCUGGUGAUCGUUUUUACUGAGCUGCUGAACGAUGGCAGUUAGAGAAAAGAAGAAGAUACAUACCGGUUUUUCAAACAAUAGAGAUGUUAGUUAGACGUCGGUGAAGGACUCGACUGAGGAUUAGAAUUGAUAAUUCUAGAGAGAGAGAGAUGUGCCAUUUUGUAGUGUGAGAAGAGAGAGCGCAGAAAACAGAGCGACUUAUAGAGAAAAGAGUUCGAUCGGAAAUGUAGCGAUACGAGAUACAACUAUAACAGAGUCUGUGUCUACUUAGCGAUAACCGUAACGUUUUCUAUUGUAUAAAGAUCUUUUUUAUUAAGAUUUAUAGCGAAUUGCGAAGGAAUCUUGAUUUACCAUUUUGAGAUGUACGUGCACUUUUUAUCCAUGGAUCGACGUUUCAAUCAAUAAUCGAUUGACUGUGAUCACCGGGAAUAAUAAAUUCAACCUUAACUCUGUGAGCGUUAAGUAAAAUGCUUUCUUUUAUACAUAUACGUGUUUUACUUGCCGCCCUUCGAAUCAGUAAAGUAGGCUGAUUAAUUCUUAGUCAGUGUCUCGCAAGACUGAUCUUGAUAAUAUUUUUUAUACAUCGAAAAAUGGGGAAAUGCAUAAGACUUCCGUAAGAAAGUAGCUCGUUAUCUACCUGUGUACAUUAUCAGACGUAUCAAGACAUUACAAUACGUAGUUUAAGAGAUACUAGAUCUGGUAUAUAUAUAUAUAAAUAGUCUAAAGUAAUUUAACGUAACGAAUGAAAGUAACGUAGAACUCGAAGCAACGAGCCUUUUGUAUAUACGAAAUUUUGUAUGUAUUUAUUUUAUUCUUAUUGUAGACUACGAUAUUUCCAAUUACUGUUACGUUCGUCUAUGUAAGCGAAUAGAAAAAAAAAUUGACAAUAAACAAUUUAGAAAAACGACA